AUGACUGAUGAACAAAUGAACACACUAGAAUCGGAUUCACUCCUAAAUUCGAUAGCUGUGAACAAUGCAUCAUCAGCGCACCAAUUUCCAAUCUCUGGGUCUUUAGAUGGCCAUUUUGGCAGCAUACACACACAGUCGCCUAUUCCAAACAUUAACAUAGUGAAUAGUGAGUGCAGCCCACUAAAGAAACAGGCAGAUACUCUGAAUCAGGAGUUCAAAAAAUUGAUCGAGGAUUUGGAUGAUAAAAUAUCUUCCCUCCCAAAUGGGAAGGAACCCUUAUCACACGGAGAAAAUUUAAACUUUGGGGACAAUUUUGGCAGCAACAGCCCCAAGUACAACGAUGCGAUGAAACCUGACCUUAAAGGGAUACUCGCUAGCAACAGAUGUGACGAUAUUCACACAAUCAAAGAUCAAAAAAAUUUGAACAAAAAGUCGACAAAUCUAUUUGAAAGAGAUGUAGCAAAAAUUCAACAACAAAUUGACGCACAAAACGAUACGCUAAAAAUAAAACAGGCUGAUACCAGAGCUUUGUUUAUGCCCAUAAAGCUUCAAGACUGGUACUCCGCCUACAACCUUGAUCAAACUUAUCACAGAAGACGAUUGCAUCCUUCUUCCGUUUCCAAUUUGGGGAGGGCGAUCAAGGAUGACGAUUACAUCAGAUCUUCACGAUAUAUAGGAAAACAUCCAUGUAGAACAAACGCCCAAGAAAGUAAAGUGGAUUCAAGCCUAUCCGACAGUGAAGCCAUUCUCCCAUACAAACUGCCUUUCACACAGCGUAAAUCGAUCAAGGAACUCGCCGAUUCUUGGAGUAAGGCCUCAUCAUCCUGCAAUGAAACACAACAUACGGCAAUUGUUAAACCAUGUAAAGCACACAUUUGCGGUAAACAAGGAUGCCGAUAUCACAAAAAUUGUACAUUACAGCGUUCUGCGCAAUCAUUUGCCGAAUUAAAUCUACCUGCUACAACUAAUAUACUUGGCGAAAGGACGAACAAUGUAAAUGAAACUAAUCUUAUGCCCGCUGAGAUUUUCAAGACAAAAUUAAUGAAGGGUAAGCAAAAGCGAAUUUUUGGCGGAAGAUGCGCUUGCUAA